AUCGCGCAGCGCGCACCGAGCCGGCCCCGCCGCGCCCGCCGCUCUCGCCGCGGUCUCCUCCUCUAGCGCCCGCCGCGACCGGUAAAUCUCGGCUGGAGGAGCAGCGGCUGUCCCCGAGUCAACUUUCAUCCCCCUUUUGCUUCCUGCUUCGCCAUUCUCUUCUGCUCCUCGAAAGAUGGCUGUUUGGAGAAGGGGGAGAAGUUAGGAGGUCGCCGGCGCGGAGCGAAGGAGGGCGCGACUGCCUCAGCAGGAACGGGCGGAGGUUUCUCCUCUGCCAACCCCUCUUGGACCAUUGUCAGUAGCUGAACGACAAAGGCUUUGCAUCUGCAUCCUAGUCUUACCAGUCCCUCCGAUUCUCAUGAUGAGCUCACCGGCACAGCCUGAUGGGGUGGCUGGACGAGAGCAGCUCUUGGCUCAGCAAAGAAUGCACAGUAUGAUCAGCUCAGUGGAUGUGAAGUCAGAAGUUCCUGUGGGCCUGGAGCCCAUUUCGCCUUUAGACCUAAGGACAGACCUCAGGAUGAUGAUGCCUGUGGUGGACCCUGUUGUCCGUGAGAAGCAAUUGCAGCAGGAAUUACUUCUUAUCCAGCAGCAGCAACAAAUCCAGAAGCAGCUCCUGAUAGCAGAGUUUCAGAAACAGCAUGAGAACUUGACACGGCAGCACCAGGCUCAGCUUCAGGAACAUAUCAAGUUGCAACAGGAACUUCUAGCCAUAAAACAGCAACAAGAACUCCUAGAGAAGGAGCAGAAACUGGAGCAGCAGAGGCAAGAACAGGAAGUAGAGAGGCAUCGCAGAGAACAGCAGCUUCCUCCUCUCAGAGGCAAAGAUAGAGGACGAGAAAGGGCAGUGGCAAGUACAGAAGUAAAGCAGAAGCUUCAAGAAUUCCUAUUGAGUAAAUCGGCAACGAAAGACACUCCAACUAAUGGAAAAAAUCAUUCCGUGAGCCGCCAUCCCAAGCUCUGGUACACGGCUGCCCACCACACAUCACUGGAUCAAAGCUCUCCACCCCUUAGUGGAACAUCUCCAUCCUACAAGUACACAUUACCAGGAGCACAAGAUGCAAAGGAUGAUUUCCCUCUUCGAAAAACUGCCUCUGAGCCCAACUUGAAGGUGCGGUCCAGGUUAAAACAGAAAGUGGCAGAGAGGAGAAGCAGCCCCUUACUCAGGCGGAAGGAUGGAAAUGUUGUCACUUCAUUCAAGAAGCGAAUGUUUGAGGUGACAGAAUCCUCAGUCAGUAGCAGUUCUCCAGGCUCUGGUCCCAGUUCACCAAACAACGGGCCGACUGGAAGUGUUACUGAAAAUGAGACUUCAGUUUUGCCCCCUACCCCUCAUGCUGAGCAAAUGGUUUCACAGCAACGCAUUUUAAUUCAUGAAGAUUCCAUGAACCUGCUCAGUCUUUAUACCUCUCCUUCUUUGCCCAACAUUACCUUGGGGCUUCCUGCAGUGCCAUCCCAGCUCAAUGCUUCGAAUUCACUCAAAGAAAAGCAGAAGUGUGACACGCAGACGCUUAGGCAAGGUGUUGCUCUGCCUGGGCAGUAUGGGGGCAGCAUCCCGGCAUCUUCCAGCCACCCUCACGUCACUUUAGAGGGAAAGCCACCCAACAGCAGCCACCAGGCUCUCCUGCAGCAUUUAUUAUUGAAAGAACAAAUGCGACAGCAAAAGCUUCUUGUGGCUGGUGGAGUUCCCUUACAUCCUCAGUCUCCCUUGGCAACUAAAGAGAGAAUUUCACCUGGCAUUAGAGGUACACACAAAUUGCCCCGUCAUAGACCUCUGAACAGAACCCAGUCUGCACCUUUGCCUCAGAGUACGUUGGCUCAGCUUGUCAUUCAACAGCAACACCAGCAAUUCUUGGAGAAGCAGAAGCAAUACCAGCAGCAGAUCCACAUGAACAAACUGCUUUCGAAAUCUAUUGAACAACUGAAGCAACCAGGCAGUCACCUUGAGGAAGCAGAGGAAGAGCUUCAGGGGGACCAGGCGAUGCAGGAAGACAGAGCGCCCUCUAGUGGCAACAGCACUAGGAGCGACAGCAGUGCUUGUGUGGAUGACACAGUGGGACAAGUUGGGGCAGUGAAGGUCAAGGAGGAACCAGUGGACAGUGAUGAAGAUGCUCAGAUCCAGGAAAUGGAAUCUGGGGAGCAGGCUGCUUUUAUGCAACAGCCACCCUUCCUGGAGCCCCCGCGCACACAAGCACUCUCUGUGCGCCAAGCGCCGCUGGCUGCGGUUGGCAUGGAUGGACUAGACAAACACCGUCUUGUCUCCAGGACUCAUUCUUCCCCUGCUGCCUCCGUUUUACCUCACCCAGCAAUGGACUGCCCCCUCCAGCCUGGCUCUGCAACUGGAAUUGCCUACGACCCCUUGAUGCUGAAACAUCAGUGCGUUUGUGGCAAUUCCACCACCCACCCUGAGCAUGCUGGACGAAUACAGAGUAUCUGGUCACGACUGCAAGAAACUGGGCUGCUAAAUAAAUGUGAGCGAAUUCAAGGUCGAAAAGCCAGCCUGGAGGAAAUACAGCUUGUUCAUUCGGAACAUCACUCACUGUUGUAUGGCACCAACCCCCUGGAUGGACAGAAGCUGGACCCCAGGAUACUCCUAGGUGAUGACUCUCAAAAGUUUUUUUCCUCAUUACCUUGUGGUGGACUUGGGGUGGACAGUGACACCAUUUGGAAUGAACUGCACUCGUCCGGUGCUGCACGCAUGGCUGUUGGCUGUGUCAUCGAGCUGGCUUCCAAAGUGGCCUCAGGAGAGCUGAAGAAUGGAUUUGCUGUUGUGAGGCCCCCUGGCCAUCAUGCUGAAGAAUCCACAGCCAUGGGGUUCUGCUUUUUUAAUUCAGUUGCAAUUACCGCCAAAUACUUGAGAGACCAACUAAAUAUAAGCAAGAUAUUGAUUGUAGAUCUGGAUGUUCACCAUGGAAACGGUACCCAGCAGGCCUUUUAUGCUGACCCCAGCAUCCUGUACAUUUCACUCCAUCGCUAUGAUGAAGGGAACUUUUUCCCUGGCAGUGGAGCCCCAAAUGAGGUCGGAACAGGCCUUGGAGAAGGGUACAAUAUAAAUAUUGCCUGGACAGGUGGCCUUGAUCCUCCGAUGGGAGAUGUUGAGUACCUGGAAGCAUUCAGGACCAUCGUGAAGCCUGUGGCAAAAGAGUUUGAUCCAGACAUGGUUUUAGUAUCUGCUGGAUUUGAUGCACUGGAAGGCCACACCCCUCCUCUAGGCGGGUACAAAGUGACAGCAAAAUGUUUUGGUCAUUUGACGAAGCAAUUGAUGACAUUGGCUGAAGGACGUGUGGUGUUGGCUCUAGAAGGAGGACAUGAUCUCACAGCCAUCUGUGAUGCAUCAGAAGCCUGUGUAAAUGCCCUUCUAGGAAAUGAGCUGGAGCCACUUGCAGAAGAUGUUCUCCACCAAAGCCCGAAUAUGAAUGCUGUUAUUUCUUUACAGAAGAUCAUUGAAAUUCAACGCAAGUAUUGGAAGUCAUUAAGGAUGGUGGCUAUGCCAAGGGGCUGUGCUCUGGCUGGUGCUCAGUUGCAAGAGGAGACAGAGACCGUUUCUGCCCUGGCCUCCCUAACAGUGGAUGUGGAACAGCCCUUUGCUCAGGAAGACAGCAGAACUGCUGGUGAGCCUAUGGAAGAGGAACCAGCCUUGUGAAGUGCCAAGUCCCCCUCUGAUAUUUCCUGUGUGUGACAUCAUUGUGUAUCCCCCAACCCCAGCACCCUCAGACAUGUCUUGACUGCUGCCUGGGUGGCACAGAUUCAAUGGAACAUAAACACUGGGCACAAAAUUCUGAACAGCAGCUUCACUUGUUCUUUGGAUAGACUUGAAAGGGCAUUAAAGAUUCCUUAACUGUAACCGCUGUGAUUCUAGAGUUACAGUAAACCACGAUUGGAAGAAACUGCUUCCAGCAUGCUUUUAAUAUGCUGGGUGACCCACUCCUAGACACCAGGUUUGAAGUAGAAACAUUCAUUAGAGCACUAGAUAUUGUUAAUUUCAGAUGCUAUGACAGACAGUGAAAUUUUGGGCAAAACCUGAAACAUACUCAUUCCUGACAUUCUGAUCAGCUUUUUUGGGGUUAAUUUUCUUUUUCAAACAGUCUUAAGUUGUUUACAAGAUUUGCUUCAAUGGAUAGCAAUUCUAUACAAACUGUAGUGUUUCUUGUUUGGUUGGUUUUUUCCUUUUUUUUUUUUUUUUAACUUUGUUUUAACACACAGUUCAACUCUUCCUAGCAAGAGUUCAAGAUGGAAGAACUAAGAUGAGGCUUUUUUUCAGUGGAAUGAACCACACUGUAUCUCAAAGUCCAAAUGCCAAAGGAACUUCAUACACUGUUUGUAAUGGUGCAAUAUUUUAUAUUACUCUUUUUUUUUUAGAAAAAUGUCCCUAACAUCUUUAUGCUCUCAAAUACAGUCAAUUUGCAAUUGUGUUGGAGAAUAAAGUUCCCCACCUCCAAGCGCCACAUACAUUCCUUGUUCUUAUGACAGUAGGUCUGAGCAAAUGUUCUACCAAGCAUUUUCAGUGUCUUUAAGAAGCACAUAACUUUUCAAAGAUGGUCUUAAUUUGUUCCAAAUCUAUCAAGGACGUAUUCACUCACCUUUCUUUUUCUGCCUUCCAUCAAUUCCUUUCUUCUUACCUUUCAUCAUUUAUUCCUUCUUUUAGAAAAACUGAAGAUUACCCAUAAUCUCCACUAUUACUUGAGGGCCUUGACUGUUUAGUUUAUUUUGUUUACUUUCCAAGUUAACACAGUUGUUUGGUCUGAUUGUAUUUUUUUUUAACUGUGAAGCCAUUGAGAUGAAUAUCACUUAAGCAACGUUGCUAAAUUUUCUAUGUGUUUGAAAUAUGUUAAUGAAGGCACUGCUUAUUUGUACUCACCUUGAACUGACUUAACCUAGAAGUUGUGCCUUCAUGUGAA